AUGUGGAAGAAAAGGCAAAAGAGCAAAUCGGCUCUGUCUCCUCCUCCGCAAGACGAACCGGGCUCCACAUCCACAGCCACCUCCGCGUCCAUAUCCGAAACCACGGCACCCCAAGGCUCCGCUUCUUCCAUGCUCGCACCCGGCCUCUCGGCCCCUCCCUCGGCCUACGAUACCGGACCCAACUCAGAGACCCACCCGGACCUCUCUUCCGCCGCUGCCACCAUCGCGACAGGCCGCGCCCUCGCCCUCUCACCAAACACCCCACCACCAUCGUUCCCAACCGAAGACACGUGCCUAGCGCACCUCCGUCUCCUGACAGCCUUUAACCGCCUCAAGACGGAGACGGGCUACCGCGACGGGCUCUGGGACAUUUGGAAUGCGCGCGCCGCUGUAGCUGGGAAUGCUGCCGCCGCCACUACCGGCGACAAAUCCAACAUCAACAUCAUUCGUAACGGCAGCAAUGGCAAUGGCAAUGACAACAACGGCAACGACAUCAAAGCCACAAAGGGAAAAGCCGCAGAGAACAACAAGACCACCACCACAUCAUCAUCAGAAUCAUCAUCAUCAACAGACCCUGACCCCGAACUCAACGACGACAUCCUAGUCAAGCUCCGCGAAAAGAGGUGGGCAGUCUACCUCGGCCGCGCAGUAGACCGUUACGCCGCGUGGUGGCGGAGUUUCGUCCCGGACAUGCUCCUCGAGAGCGACAUGACGACUGUCGUCGAAUCCGAGCCAAGGCCGCCGGCCGAGACUGGGGGUAGUAGUAGGCAAAGGGGACACCGGACCCGGGCCCGGUAUGAAGGGUUUCCAGAGUCGGAGCCGUUGAUUUGGCGCGAGGAUAUGCUUCCUCCUCUAGUCUGGCACGCUCACAUGCUCAACCCAAGACUCUACCUCGAGGACUGUCUCCGCUACGGCCACAACGCCCUCUGGGCAGGAGGCAUUCCCUGGUCCGCCAUCAACAACGCCAUCACCGGCACAACAUUCGACUACGUCGUCUCGGACGCAUGCGAAGCAAAUUGGGAAACCCGCACGAACCUCGCCUGGCACAACGAAGACGACCCAGACGCCAAAGACGUCCAGUGUCCCGCGUGUUCUACCGUGGUGUCCAUCCCCUGGACAACGUGUGGACAGCCGCGAGGGUAUCCAGGGGCACAAAGGCAACCCGACAUCGUAGGCCAAGGCCUCGCCGAAGGGCACCUGGCCCACGCCUGCCCAUCAUGCGCCCUAACAAUAACCCACGAAUCACUUCGCGCAGCCAAAUUCCGCGACGAUGUUCAGGCUUCCAUAAAAUCCAACCACGCCAUGCCCGGUACGAUUCUAGAUCUCAAGACAGGUCUACCGAAACCGCUCCAAUACGACUCGGAUAACGAUACUUCUGCGGGAUGUCCUGACCGCCUGUUCCCCGCACGCCUCGCCCGUCGUGGACUCCUCGCCCACGUCGUUGGAAUGUUUAAGCCCGGAGGAAAAAUCCCGCCGAGCAUGAUGGCCGUACGAGACGCCAUGGAAGAGAACUUCACGGGCAAGUUUGCGGAUCCCAAGAACCUGCGCAAGGUGAUGAAUCGACUCGGCCAUAAAAAGCUUACAGAUUUCCAUGUGAGCUUGGAUGGGAGGCGGCAGACGAGGAAGAUGAUGUCGCGGUACUGGGAGAACUCGUCGCCGUUUUCCAUCGACCUGCUCAACUGGCUGCACUUGCCUACAGCGCGGGACAUCAUGGCAAACCUUCUAACCAAGUACACCUGCUUCGUCGAGAUCAUCGCUAUUGCCUCAUCCACAGAGGAUAAAGUGGCUGUUCCGACACUCGACGUCGACCUCGCGUGGCACACGCACCAGCUGUCUCCCCAAUCCUACCUCGUCUUCACACUCGCGAAGACGGGGGCGUUUGUAGACCACAACGACAAAGUCGACGAGGAUAGGCUGAGUACGGCAUUUGAGUGGACAAGCAAGACGUACCAAGAAAAGUACGGUGAGAUCUACUCCGAGUGCAAGUGUUGGUACUGCGAAACCGUCAGGGUAAUGGCCUUGCCAGCGACGAAGAUGUUCGGAAUAGGCAAGGAGGAAAAGCUUCUCGAAGCAUGGCAUGAAACUUCCAAGGCCAAUAAUGUACCCAUGCCGCCAGCCGCCGAGUCUGCGCAUGUCUCGUCGCAUCCGGCUGUGCACACCAACGAGACGACAGCGCUGCGGACAACGACACGUCCGUUGCGCCUCGAGUUCAGGAACAGACUGGAAGAGACGCAUUCCAAGGCGCGCAAGAGGGCAAACAAGACAUUCAAGGCGGACUCUGGAAAGCGCAUGGGGCCCCGGGGCGAAGAUAAGACGUCAUUCUGGGGUAAAGAUAUCGCCGUUGACGGACCUUGGGCAUCGGGCUUGGCCGUCGUCACGACGAGUGCCAUAUAUCCCGCUGGACCAGGCUUUGUCAAUAUGGGGCCCGGGGUUGUUGGCAGCUGCGCGACGGGAACGUGUGGAGGAGCUACUGGCUGCGGCUCCGAGUUGCUGGGCAUGUGCUCAGCAGGCUGUGUCGGGAGUGGCUGGUUCGGCGGAAAGGCCGGAUGUACAGGUAUGGGCGUGGGAACGGGCGGUAUGGGCGGCGGCGGGUUCUGA